AGAAGGACUUGGACCCUAACUUACCCGAUCGACUACCCCUUACAUUUUUCCCGCGUGUGGGCGCUAUGUUAGGCGGCACCAUGGUCAACUUCACCGGCCCCUGUCUACAGCCUACGAGUAUAAUAACGUGUCAAUUUGACAACUGGCAAACACCAGGCAUAUACAGGGACUUCAAUCACGCGACCUGUGUCACACCCCCCGUAAUGUACCACGGUUAUGUCGACUUGACCAUUACCGUAGAUGAUAGGACCCUGUUCCUGGGCAGAUAUUACAAACAGCCCCCGGACAUCGCCGACCACGACAUCGUGGUCUUAGAAAACGCCGACCGACUGGAAGAGCCGCUGAGUCUGGAUAUCAAGUGGAAUAUGAAGUGGCAUAAACUGGGUUGGGAUGAGAAUGCCCGGGUGACCCUGUCGUUGUGGGGGUACAGGGAGACUGGAGGUGUAUACCCGCACCUCACGUACAUCGACACGUUAGGAGACCCCGGUUCGCUACGGUUGGGUCAAUUGCGGACAUCCAUCGACCCUAACCUCUACAGAGACCGCAACUACACGACGAGUGAUAUUACGUUCGGCUUCAUUGCCAUCAACUUAACUGAUCCGACAAUUCUGGGCAAAGACAUGAAACAUUCGCCCACCAUAUGGUCGCGCCCUAUGCCGCUGGCCUGGUAUUUCAAGACACAGUGGGAACGGGAGUACGGAAACAACGGGCGCUGGAAAGAGCACUUCUGUCACGACUGGUUCCAACAGGAGUCGUACGUCCAGGAGGUGUCCCGGUGUCCCUGUACUCUACAACAGGCCGAGCUGGACAGGGGUCGCUUCUCGCCCGACCUCGAGUGCAACGUCAUUGACCGCAAGUGCGAUACUUUCCACAGAGGGGCCCAACACUGCCUCAGGACUGGACGGCCGUCAAUCAGUGGUUCCGGACAGACCUGUUGUUACGACGAUUACGGCGAGCUUUUACAGACCGCUGACACUAUGUAUGGCGGCAGACCCUCCCGGGCCUAUAUUUAUGGCAAACAUCCCUUUACGCUGCCAAUGAUGAUCCCAGCGCUGUCUGAAUGGUUUCACGACACAAUGCCCUUCUUCUUCUGCUGCAAAUGGCAGGCCAAGGGGGACAACGCGGACACGUGUCAGAUGUAUAACCACUGGCGCACAUCGCAAGACUGCUCCUCAUACCAGGCGCCGGCCAUCGGCUCCGUGUACGGCGACCCACACUUCCUAACCUUUGACCGAUACAACUACACGAUCAACGUUAAAGGGGAGUACACUCUGGUGCACGUGGACAACGCCAUUCACAAACUAGACGUCCAGGCCCGUUUUGAGCAGGUGCCCCGUAAUAGGCCGACUGACCCCCCGCUCAACGCCACCGCACUGAUGGCAGUGGUCGCGCGCGACAAGAUUUCCUCUAUUGUGGAGUUCCGGUUGAGACCGGUAGCCGCCCGUUGGCGGUACCAAAUGUAUGUCAUUGUGGACAAGGAGUACGUGUUCUGGGGGGACGAGUCCAUGAGAUUGCAGAACUUCAAGGGCGUGACCCUCUACCAGCCCGCGGGCAUACAGAAUAUGUCGCACGUGAUCGCU